AGAAAUCAGUGAGGGUGACGGGUCGUCUGAGGCGUAGAAUGGUCGUUCUACGUUUUAGUUCACUGCAUUAAUAAUAAGACCACGGAUCGUGAUAAUCUGACAGAUGUUUGAAAUCAGUGGGUGUCAAGAUGAUCAGGACAAUACAUACGAGGAUUGUGGGGAAGUACAAUGUCCUUUCUUCACGUUCCGUCAUCUACUCAUCACGUUCUGUCCUCCCUGGAGCUCCCUCUGGCCCCUUGAGGUCCCGGGAGACGUCCUCCAUAGCCGGAGUGGCGCCCUCGCUGGCCACGACAGACUCCCACUCCCUCCCUCGGCCACACUCUGAGAUCCCGGGCCCCAGGUCAUGGCCGCUGCUGGGGACCUUACCUGCCAUGCUCACUGAUCCGGCCUAUGAUGCUCAUCGUUUACCAAAGCUCUGGGAAUCUUACUUCAAGAAGUACGGUCCAAUUUUCAAGUUGAACCUCAUUGGGCAAGGGGAUGUUAUCUACAUUUCUGAUCCUCGAGAUAUUGAACACCUCUACAAGGAGAUGUUUGACAAUCCCGUCAGGCCAUUUUUAGAGUCAAUAACGGCAGUUCGGGAAAAAAGCAAGAGACAAUUUUUUAAGGAACGCGGACCGGGAAUCUUUACAGAGCAAGGCGAGAGAUGGUGGCGGUUGAGGAAACGCGUGCAGACGCAUUCCCUGAGGCCUAGCACCGUGGCUCAGUACCUGCCGCAGGUCGACCAGGUGGCCCAGGAGUUCGUCGCUAGGUCAGCCGGUCAGCGCGACCACAAGAGUGAACUUCCUGGUGAUUUCGUCCAAGAACUGUACAAAUGGGCCCUUGAGUCCCUGUGCCUGGUGGCCCUCAACAAGCGUGUGGGGUGUCUGGAGAAUAGCGAGGAGGGGCUGAGGAUCAUCAACUCCUCCACCACCAUGAUGGACGCUUCAGGAGACUGUGAGUACGGCGUCCACCUCUGGAAGUACUUCACGACUCCAGCCUUGAGACGCAUGUUGCACUCUCACGACGAUCUUCUUGAAGUGGUCUUGGAGAAGGUUGGCCAGGCUAAGAAGGACCUGGAAGCCCGUGACCCCAAGGACUUGGGCGAGCUGAACAUCUUGGAGUCUCUCCUCACCACUCCGGGUCUCUCGUUCGAGGAUGUUGUCACCUUCAUGGUCGACCUCUUCUUCGCCGGGAUUGACACGACAUCGAUGACGUCGGUGUUUGCCUUGUACUACCUGGCUCGACACCCAGAUAAGCAGGCCAGACUACAGCAGGAGCUGGACCAGGUGCUUGGAGAUGGGAGCCAGGCUCUCACCACACACCAAAUGGCCAGACUCACUUACACCAAAGCCUGUGUAAAGGAGGCAUUAAGGUUGCAACCGACAACAUCAGUAGUGGCCAGGCGACCUGAUAAGGACGUAACACUCCAGGGAUACACAGUCAAAGCUGGUACUUACAUGUUCGUGAGCAUUAAGGAGUCAAGCAUGAGGGAGGAAUACUUCCCUCGGGCGACUGAGUACCUGCCGGAGCGCUGGCUGAGGGCCAAUCCUGACCGUAGCGACAACAUCUUCGCCUCCAUCCCCUUCUCCAUGGGCACCCGCAUGUGUUUGGGCAAAAGGCUGGCCGAACAGGAGGUUUAUGUGCUACUCGCGAGGCUGUUCUCGAAGUAUAAUCUGGAUUACAAGUACGAGGAGUGGGACCCAUUGUUCAGGGUUACGUACAGGCCUGAUAAGCCUCAGACCUUUACCAUGACCGAGCGAUCCUGUCUACCGUAACGAAUCGGGGAUUUCCUGUCUAACCUGGCCAAUCGUUGACGGUCUGAGGUCCUGUCAUCCCCUUCCUGUCUACAGAUAAUGUAGUGGGAUAGGAGUUAUAUCUUAAACAAUGCAUAUACCCUGAACAUUUACUUUAGGAUAAAUACCCACACUUGUGUAUUUGUGAAAUUUAUGUAAGGAAUUUACACCAAAUCUUUCACACUCUCAUAAGUGCUUUAUCAAGGUCUGAGUGUGUGAUUAGGACCAGACUUACAUCUCAACGUCUAAUGAAGCUCAUCCUAAACACACACUCACACCUUGAUCCAGCACUCGGCAGAGUGCUAAAGACUUGGUGUAAAUUCCUUAUAUAAAUAUCACAAAUACACUAGUGUGGAUUUAUCCUGUUAUUAUUUCUGUGAGAGGACAUUACCAUUACUAAUUUACUUUAUUGUUAAUAAUAAUAAAUAAUUAUAUUUGGGCACCUCAGUGGAGUGCUUAAAGUGCCCCUGACGUGUCACUUAUACUUAAAUGGGAAUAUACAAAUAUAUAUUGAUAUAUUAGAUAUAGAUACUGUAGAUAAAUAGGGCUGGCUCCUUUGGUGUAAUUAUAGGGACCCAUAGCCACAGACAAGAGAAUAAACGGUAAUGAAGGAAGACCUUACAGGUUUUCCCUGAUA